AUGGUGUCACAGGAAGAGAACCCACAGAUAAUUGAUGUGGCGACUAACUCUGCCCCAUUCAUUGAGUACAUAGAGAAUCUCAGCGGUCUGCUUCAGGGCGGUCACAUUGGAUCAGAAAACAUUUCUGCCUCCUCAGAGAACGUAAGACUUUGUGAAAACUUCAUAAAGACAACCAGCUUUAGCACUUUGUAUAUAGUAAAAGAAAAUGAUGGAGACAAGCUCCAACAUAGAUUGGUCGAAGAAUUGAAGUCCGAAGGAGAGUACUUAUCGAUAAUUGCGCUCAUCAAGUCAAAUGAACCAAUUUCCAACAGCAGGCCAUUUGACUCGCAGUUACACAUAUUAAACAUUCCAACUGUAGGUCAAGCCAAUUCCCUACCACAAGUAGUGCGUGGUGAUACGGAUACAGUGAGUGAUGCCAUAGCUUUAGUUCAGGACUCUUCUGCAGUUUCUUCAUCUAGGAAGUUCGAGCUGAUCCGCUCGUUAAUUAACUGGGGGAUAUCACCAUAUUUUGAUUUAAUAACAUCAAGUGAACAUAGCAAUGAUUCUAUAGCGAUGGCGAAGAAAAAGUUCAAUGAAUUAUCGUUGACCUUGCAGCAUCUCCAGCAAAAGAUCCAUACGCCAGAUCUCUUGUCGUCAACCCACCCGCUUAUUGUUAAAAUGAUACAAGAACAGUGGGAAGCCGAUGAUGACAUUGAAAAGGCAAUAAAUAAGGUACCGCCCGACAUUUUAAACGAUACUACAUUCCUUAAUCAGUUGACCACAAUAGUCAAUGGUUGGGUCAAGCAAAUAAAAUCAAUCACUAAGUUGAACCAUUCGCCGUCAGACGGCUCCUCAGUGGUAGAUGAAAUACUUUUCUGGAAGUCUAUGGAAGAAUCAUUGAACAUUUUGAAUAGACAAUUAUCAUCGAGGGAAGUGACAAGUUCCUUGGAAAUUCUUAAAAGAGCAAAAAGGUACCAUAUAACUAUAGCAUUUACGAAUGAAAUAGGCUUAGAAAAUAAGUUGAUCGAAACAAACAAUAACAAUAGCAUCUUGAAAGAUUUACCGCUUGAUGAAUUAUUAACGUCAGACGUCCCACUGUUGAAGGCCAGCAUUAAUGGGAUAUUCAAUCAUCUUAAGAAAUUGAGAAAUUUACAAUCUUAUCCUCUUUUAAGAAGCAUUGAGUUAGUUGAAGUCAUAUUGAAAGAUAUCACUAAAAAAUUUAUAGAUUUAGUAUCUUCUCAAUAUGUCAUGUCUUUACCCUUUGAGAAAUUCUUGAAGUUUUACGAUGAUCAUAUAAGUAGCAUAUUCCAGGUCAUCGAUAUGAACGUCAAAUCUAUUAUUAACUUGAUUAGAGAACUUCUCAGAAAGCGUCAGGAGAAAUUCAUCAUAAUUCGAAUUAACCAAGAUUGUCUAUUGGAGUGGAAGGAUAGAUUGGAGUACUUGAAGAAUUUCAGAAUGGGACACAAUAAUCUUGUGAAAACUUGUGAAACUUUAGAUGAAUCAGAUGACAAAUUGAUUGAAAGUUAUAACCAAUAUAUCAUUCCAAUUAAUGCAUGUGAUAUGUCAGCGGGAGGCGUGAAUGUUUGGAAGUCAAAUGAAAACUUAUAUUUGAAGGUUUAUGAAGACUUGAAAAAGUCAGUAAUCCUGAGUAUAAAUGAUUUGUUCAAUUCUUGCCAAAAUUUUAACGAGUUUAUUAGUAUUUUUGAAGGAUUAAGUAAUGAAAGCGAGAGCGAUGAUUUCAUUCUAUCGUUUAUAAGUGAAGAUCACAAGUUAAGAUGCAUGUCUAUAGUGGAAGGAGAUGUUCAGCUUAUGCUUACGAACUUUAGGAAGUACUCUUCGGAAAUGUUCACUUCAUUAUCAGCAUACACCCAACACCCAGUGGUUAACAAGGUAAUUUGGCUGACUGGAAUUCACAAAUCUGCAUCCUUUUAUUCUGAAAAGCUUGCCCAACUAUUUGGUGAAAAUUGGGACCAAUAUAGUAUUGGUAACAAAAUUAGUAACGAAAUUAACAGUCUAUUAAAAUCGUCAAAUGCCUUAGAUAUAGUAAAUGAAUGGACUAAAAGUUUGCAAAUUGAAUUUGACUUGGAAAGUCCUAUAUUUAAAAUCGUGACAAGUACAAGAUCUACAAAUAAAAUUGAUGAAACAAAAUCAGGCAUUUCUCUUAAUUUCAAUUUCUCAAACUUGCAAAUAGUGGAUCAAUUGCAUCAAUUGAAUAAUUUGGGCUUCAAAACUCCAUCUAAUUUACUUGGACAAUUGAAUAACAUAAAUAAAGUAUACCCACUUACUAAAGAUUUGGCAGAACACAUAGAUAUUUUAAACGAUAUAUUGAACGACGAACUUACUGAAACAGAAUAUGGAAUAAAAUAUGGAUUUUUGCUUGAAAAUUUGAAGUUGGAAGUCCUCAAAGAUUUUGAAGAGUGUUCUCAAAUUACUUGGAGUACCGUAGCUCUGGCCCUCGAAUUGCAAAGAAUUGAACACAAUGACCAGGAUUUUUCUAAUCUUAAAGAAUCCAAAUCCUUACUCGCUUUGAAGUUAUUCUUGGAAAAAAUCUAUAGCAUAUAUGGAAAAAUGGCUGCGAUUAGGGAAUUUUCCAACAAUUUUGAUAGAGAGUUGAAUGUUUUGGAAUCCUGUGAGUACUCAGAAAAGAAUAUCUCCCAAAAAUUAAACGGAAUAACAGAACUUGUCAACGAAUUCUUCUAUGAAGAUUUCGGAUCAACAGAAUACUUUUAUGAUGUCAUAAAUUCUGAUAUCCAAGAAGUCUUGAAGUUGAAAUGUAUAAGAGAAUUGAACAUUUUCAGCGAGAGCAUGACCGGCACUGAUUUCAAAGUUUCUUUACGAACAAAAUUUGAUGUUUCCUUGUUGUUUCAAGAUCAGACCUUUUCAUUGUCGCCAUCUUUGGGCUCUUGCAAGAAAUCUUGGUUUGAUGAAAUCAACAUGAUCAUAUCUACAGUGUCAAAUAACUACUUAAUCCACCACAGUAACAAUCAAAAGUAUAUAUCAAUAUUUGAAAAGAUUUCAUCGGAACUUCUGGCUUGCUACUUGAGUAUAGAUAAGGUGAUUUCAAAAGCAGACACCUAUUUAAAUAGAUGGAAAGAUAUACAAAAGUUGUGGGAAGUUAGCCCUGAGGAAAUCGAGGAAGAAUUUUGUUCUGAAAAGAAUGCUAGUACAUCUCCAAUUGAACUUUGGAUAAAAAAGAUAAUCCAGAUACGUCUAUCAAGUGCAGUUUUCGAUACCACCAUUGCCGAAGAGGUGAUUUCUUUGAAUACUUUGCAUAUUAAUUUUUCAUCAGUACAACUAAGAAUUGCAGCCAAAUAUGAUGAUUGGCUCAAUUUAGUUUUAUUAAGAUUCAGCAAAAUCUUACAAACGAAAAUGAAAGAGGUUGAUUCUUCAUUGGUUCAAAUUAUUGAAGUUCUUAAUCAAGGGAUUGAUUUCAGCCUUACAUCGAAAAUUAUUUCAGCAAUAGUGAGCACUUUCAAUUCUAAAGCUCAACUUGAAAAAGAUUGGAGAUCAAGUAUUUCAAAUUUUAUUGAAGGUCAGACAUUACUAUCCGCCCUGCGGUUCAAGCUUCCUACUGAUUGGAUAUUCGCCGAGCAGCUAGAAAAUCAUUUCAUUGAGGUUUCCACUUUGACAUCAAAGAAACUGGAAUACAUUAAUGAACACCUAGAGUUGAUCGAACCUAGGUUGAAAAAUGAAUCCAAAAGGAUCGAGGAGCAGAUACAUUCCAUAAAGAAUUCAUGGGUGGAAAGAAAACCUAUAUCAGGAGAAUUAUUACCUUCAAACGCAAUUAAAUUGUUGCAUGAGUUUAGUGACUCUUGUAACAAAGUAGUUGAUGAUUGGAACAGUUUUUCUGCUGCUUCUUCGUUUCUUGAUUUGAGGUACACUUUCAACCCGGAUAUGGGGAAUAUCACAGAAGAAAUUAAGGAUCUUUUAGGUGUUUGGUUAUCUUUAGAUGGAUUAUGGGAAGAUAUCAAUACUUUAAGGGACCAAAGCUGGAAAAGCAUAUCUCCAAGGGCAUUGCGUCGUCAGUUAGAUGAAGUAUUGACGAAAAGUAGAUCAUUACCCUCGACAACCAGACAGUACUCUGCGUUCAACACCUUACAAGACACAAUAAAAUCACAUAUAAGAAAUCAUUCAAUCAUUACAGAGCUCAAAGGAGAAUCAAUGAAGCCCAGACACUGGACAAUGUUAUCUAAGAAGUUUUCUUCCAAGGGACAUAAGAUUAAUGGUGACUUCGAUUUCACACUUGGUUCAGUUUGGGAUUUGGACUUAGGAGUCAAUGAACAACUAAUCAAGUCAAUUCUUAAUCAAGCAGCUAUGGAGCAGACUUUGGAAGAAAAUUUAACUGAAAUCAAAGAAACGUGGGACUCCGUUUCCUUUGAUACUUUCAACUACAAAAACAAUAGAUGUAGACUAAUAAAAGGUUGGGAUAAACUUUUUGACCAGUGCAGCGUUCAUUUAUCGUCUCUCUCCAAUAUGAAAAAUUCAGCUGUUUAUUUCAAUUUCGAGCAAGAGGCGAUUGCUUUAGAAAGAAGAAUCAGCAAGUUGUACAUUCUAUUAGAUACUUGGGUUGAUGUUCAAAAAGAAUGGGUUUAUUUAGAUGGAGUUUUCGGAAAUGGAGAAUCUAGAGCAGAAAAUUCAAGUGAGAUAGCCAAGUUGUUGCCGCUUGAAUAUAGCAGGUUCAAUAACAUUUCUCAUGAAUUUUUUGCUAUUCUAAGGAACACCAACAAGUUCCCACUUGUAAUCGAUAUUUUAACCUUACCUGACAUACAAAAAAGUAUGGAACGAAUACUUGACAGUCUUAAUAACGUACGGAGAUCAUUAAGUGACUACCUUGAGAAGCAGAGAGAUCUUUUCCCUAGAUUUUACUUUGUUGGAAAUGAAGACUUACUACAAAUCAUUGGGGAUGCAGGUGGGAGCAAUGGUGAUAUUACUACAAGCAUAAAUCAGCAUAUUAGGAAAAUGUUUGGUGGAAUAUCAAGCAUCAAUUAUUCAUCAGAAAGCUCUACUAUCAUUGGAAUAAAUGGUGAUUUAGGCGAAGUUAUUGAUUUAAUAACUCCGGUUUCUUUAAUAAAGUUUCCCAGGCUACACGAAUGGCUAAAGAAGUUAGAAGUGGAAAUAAAAUUUACAUUAUCGAGCUUAACAGAGUUAGCCUUGACUAAGAUUCGAAGGUUAAUUAAUAUAAAGGAAGGUGAAGAAGAAUUAGCUCUUUUUAUUGAUGAAUUUCCGAAUCAAAUCGUUAACCUUGCUGUCCAAAUUUUAUUCACUGAAACUACUACUACCUCGAUUCUGAAAGGAGAGCUUCCCGGGGCACUUGAGCAAGUUGAGAACUUGCUUAGACUUUCAGUUAAGAAAAUAACUGAUAAAGUAACAGUACUUCAAAGAAAAAAGGGAGAAAAUUUGAUUAUUGAAUUGCUACACCAAAGAGAUGUACUUAUUGAAUUAAUCGGAGAGGAAACACUUUCAAAAGUGGACUUCAAAUGGAAUUUACAACAACACUUCUACUACGAUAAUUCAAAGGACGAUCCAUUAAGUAGAUUGACCGUGAGACAAUCACAAGUAGAAUUUAACUAUGGUUUUGAGUACCUAGGUGUUCCAGAUAAACUUGCAUAUACUCCGCUUACCAAUAGGUGCUUUUUGUCUCUAACUCAGGCAUUAGGACAAAAGUUGGGUGGCUCGCCUUUUGGACCAGCUGGUACCGGUAAAACAGAAUCAGUUAAAGCUUUAGGAAACAACAUGGGUAAGAUGGUUAUUGUUUUUAACUGUGAUGACUCAUUUGACUUCCAAUCCAUGGGAAGAAUAUUCCUGGGAUUAUGUAAAGUAGGGUGCUGGGGCUGUUUUGAUGAAUUCAACAGGUUAGAUGAACAUAUUCUAAGUGCAGUUUCUUCUCAAAUUGAGAGAAUUCAAUUAGGGUUAACUGCUGAUAAAGAAGAAAUAGAAUUAACUGAUAAGAAACUUAGAGUUCACAAAGAAACAGGAAUUUUUAUAACUAUGAACCCGGAUUAUGCUGGAAGAUCAGAAUUACCAGAAAAUUUGAAGAAGUUGUUUAGAAGCGUGUCAGUAGAAAAGCCAGAUAUGGAGGUUAUCGUUGAAGUUUUACUUACGUCAAGUGGUUUUUCUACGGCCGAAGAAUUGGCGAAGUUAAUUGUACCACUAUUCAGCGAUAUUAUUAAAGGCACUAGUAACCAAAUUCAUUAUGAUUUUGGUUUACGUGCAUUGAAAAGUACUCUUGUACGCUGUGGAAAUAUUAAGAGAACGCAAGGAAACCUGAUAGAAAAUCAAAUUACUGACACAAACUUAUCAGAAAAUAAAAUUGUUUACCGAAGUAUUAAGGAAACAAUAUACCCUAAAUUAAUAAUUGAAGACGAAUCAGUGGUAAAUGAUUUACUAGUUAAAUAUUUCCCAGGAAUAUCGUAUGAAAGUGAGGAUUAUUAUUUGAUUAAUAAGUUGGAGGACUACGCACAGAAACAAGGGUUAAUGCCAUCAGAAUCAUGGAUUACAAAGGUCUUGCAGUUGUAUAGAAUUCAAAAGUCGAACCAUGGUAUAAUGUUAGUUGGAGGUUCAGGAACAGGAAAGACUACAGUUUGGAAACUGCUUCUUAAAGUUUUAACUGAAACAAAUGAAGAGAGUUUAACAUUCGUGAUAGACUGCAAAGUAAUUCAAAAGAGUGAAAUCUAUGGGUCUCUCGAUAUUGUGACUCGUGAAUGGGUAGACGGAUUGUUAACGAGUAUUUUAAGAAGAAUUACAGGCAAUCUAAGAGGAGAGUUAUCGAAAAGAAUCUGGAUUAUAUUUGAUGGAGAUAUUGACCCAGAAUGGGCUGAGAAUUUAAAUAGUGUUUUGGAUGACAAUAAGAUACUUACUUUGCCUAAUGGUGAAAGAAUUGCUUUACCAGAAAAUGUGAAGUUUAUAUUCGAAGUGGAUUCCUUAAGUUCGACAACUCCAGCUACAGUAAGUAGAUGUGGAAUGGUUUGGUUCGAUGAAUCCCUAGUUCCAGUAGAUAACUUAUUUUGGAAUCUACUCCACAAAUUCAAAAACGAAAAAUCAUCUGUUUCAGUAUCUAAGAGCUUUGAUAACACAACUGAGAAUUCGAAAGUGAAUUUUAGUGAUCAUGUUGCAUCAACUUUAACUUCAAGCAUCUUAGCAACUAUCAUUGAUGAGGCAAAAAACCUUUCGCAUGUGAUGAAUUUUAACAUUCAUAGAUACUUGGAAACUCUAUUCACUUUACUAUCGACUUAUUACACCUCGUACUGUUCGGAAUCUUAUAAGGAAGGCUUUGUUGAAAAUCUAAAAAUUUAUGCAAUAAAAUCUCUUAUCUUGUCAUUGAUUUGGUCAUUCUCUGGAGAUUGUCCUAUAAAAGAGAGAGAAAAUUUCGGAAAGUUCAUAAUAGAACUUGAGUGCUUUCAAGAAGUCGAUCGGAUCACGGAUAUCGAUGCUAAUUUAAUAGAUUACAAAAUAUCACAGCCACAAGCUAAUUGGAGUAGCUGGUUGCUUGAAGUCAAUGAAAUUAACUUAGAACCUCAUCAAGUUUCAGAUUCCAAUUCAGUUGUUCCAACUUUAGAUACUGCAAGACAUGAGAAGCUUAUAUACUCGAUGUUAAACGAACACAGACCCUUUUUGCUCUGUGGUCCACCUGGUUCAGGUAAAACAAUGAUACUUCUAGAAGCGUUAAGAAAGUCUCCAGAUCUAGACUACGUGUCACUCAAUUUCUCAAAAGAUACAACCCCAGACUUAUUAAUGAAGUCAUUACAUCAAUUUUGUGAAUAUAAGAAAGUGAGCUCAAUUGGGUGGACUUUAGUACCCAAAGUUAGCGGAAAAUGGGUGGUGGUGUUCUGUGAUGAAAUCAAUUUACCUGGUUAUGAUAAGUAUGGAACUCAGAGAGUUAUAUCUCUUUUACGUCAAAUGAUAGAACAUGGUGGAUUUUGGAGAAGCCAAGAUAAGCAGUGGGUUACAUUAACGAACAUCCAAUUUGUUGGUGCAUGUAAUCCACCCACAGAUCCAGGACGUAAUCGAUUAUCAGAAAGAUUCUUAAGACAUACCUCAUUAAUUAUGGUUGAUUAUCCUGGUAAAAUUUCAUUGCAUCAAAUUUACCAAACUUACAACUUAGCUGUCAUGAAAUGUGCAGUCAAUUUGAGAGGCUUCACUAAAUCGCUAACUGAUGCAAUGAUUGAGGUGUACUUUAGAACGAAAGGAUAUCUCAACUCAACCAUGGAACAGCACUAUGUGUAUUCACCAAGAGAAUUAACGCGUUGGUCAAAAGGGUUGCUUGAAGGUAUGAAAUUUCACAAUUACGAGAAUCUUGGCGACUUAGUAAGACUAUGGUAUCAUGAAGGGUUAAGGUUAUUUUAUGACAGAUUAGUAAAGGAUGAAGAUCGAGAAUGGACCUUGAAUUUAUUUCAAUCAGUGAUUGUCGAAUUCUUUCCACACAUUGAUGUUGAGAGUUGUACCAGAGCACCUGUUUUAUUCUCUAAUUGGCUCAGCCUGGAUUAUGAACAAGUUUCUGAAUCGAACUUAAGAUCAUUCAUUUCUGAAAGGCUCAGAGUGUUUAGCGAAGAAGAGAUUGAUGUUGAUUUGGUGCUAUAUGAUGAUAUGCUUGAUCAUGUUCUUCGUAUUGAUAGGGUUUUAAGACAGCCUCAGGGACACAUGAUUCUUGUUGGCCCUAGUACUAGUGGGAAAUCAACAUUGACUAGGUUUGUUGCUUGGAUAAAUGGUCUAAAGGUAAUUCAAUUGAAUGUUCAUGCGGGCUAUAAAUUACUUGACUUUGAUUCGACAUUACGUUCUAUUCUUUUAAGAUGCGCCGCUGGCGAGAGGAUUUGCUUUAUGAUUGACGAAAGCAGUGUUCUAGAGACUUCUUUCAUUGAAAGGAUGAAUACUCUAUUGGCCAAUGCAGAGAUUCCUGGUUUGUUUGAAGAUGACAAUUUCGUUACAUUGAUGAAAUUAUGUCAAUCCGAGCUGCAAACUCAUGGUUUGUUUUUAGAUUCUGAGGAUGAACUAUAUCAGUGGUUUACUGGUCAAAUUGCGACCAAUUUACAUGUUAUAUUUACGAUCAGCGAUACCAAUGUGGAAAAUAGACCAAAGAUUACUACUUCGCCGGCUCUUUUUAACCGUUGUGUAUUGAGUUGGAUGGGAGAUUGGUCCAAUGAAACAUUGUUUGACGUAGCAUUACACUUCAUCGGAGUAGUUCCAUUAGAUUUAUCUAACUAUGCUAUUCCCUCAACCUUUGAAAAAAUCAGUAAGGGUGAGAUUUCAAGCUUAAGAGGAGUUAUUGUCGACACUCUAAUAUUUAUCUAUAGGUCUAGCAUUCACUCACUUCCAAGUUCAUUCUUACAAUUGGUCAGAACUUUUAUUAUAAUUUUUACUCAAAAAUUAUCUGAUUUGGAGGAGAACCAGAGACAUAUAAACGUUGGUUUAGAUAAAUUAAGAGAAACGGUACUCAUGGUGGACGAAUUAAGAACUGAUUUAUCCAAGAAAAAGGCAAUUCUCAAUGAAAAGGAUAGUGAAGCUAAAAUUAUGCUUAAUAGAAUGCUCACAGAUCAAAACGAAGCUGAAAGAAAACAAGAAUUCUCAAUUGCAACCCAAGCUGAAUUAUCGAAACAACAAGCUGAAAUUGAAAGGAGGAGAAUAAAAGUCAUGAAAGAUUUAGAACUAGCUGAACCUGCAGUUUUGGAAGCUCAAAGAGGAGUUCAAAAUAUUAAAAAGCAGCAUUUAACUGAGAUAAGGUCUAUGACCAAUCCACCGAAUGCAGUAAAAAUAACCAUGGAAUCUGUGUGUAUUCUCAUUGGUUACGAUGUUAACACUUGGAGAGACGUUCAACUUAUUGUUAGAAGAGAUGAUUUUAUUACUAAUAUUGUUUCUUUCGAUAACGAAGAACAGUUGACCCCUGAUUUGAGAAGUUAUAUGGAGAAAACAUAUCUAACUAGAAGUGAUUUCACGUUUGAGGCUGUGAACAGAGCAAGUAAAGCAUGUGGCCCGCUUCUACAAUGGGUUCUUGCUCAAUUGACUUAUUCCUCAAUAUUGGAAAAUGUUGGUCCCUUGAGAGAGGAAAUGAGUGAAUUAGAGAAAUCUACAACGAAAACUAAAGCCCAGUUAAUUGCUAUAGAUCAAAUGAUUUCAGAGCUAGAAGAGAGUAUUGAAACUUAUAAAGACGAUUACAGUCAAUUGAUUAGAGAUGCUGAGAAUAUUAAAAGUGACAUGAGAACAGUUUCAAAUAAAGUCGAACGAAGUUUGCACUUGAUAGAAAAUUUGACAAGCGAACGAAAGAGAUGGAGUGUCAGCACUCAAAAGUUCAAUUUGGAAAGAGAAUUGCUAAUAGGUAAUUGUUUAUUAGCAUCUUCAUUCACUACAUAUUGUGGAAGGUAUGAUGAAAGGGAGAGAGACGUUUUGAUUGAGCUUUGGAAAGCUAGAUUAAAAGAUAGUGGAAUUAAAUUUGAUAGCAUUUUGAGCCUUUCAAACUAUUUAAGUUCAACCAAAGAAAUAUCAGAGUUGCAAAUAUCAAACUCAUCGGCUACUGUUGACAGUCUACAAAUUGAGAAUUUUGCAAUCAUGAAGAGAACGAACAUUCCACUAAUUAUAGAUCCUCCUGCAAAUGUGAUCAAUACUUUGUCUGAAUGGACUAGAUCUAGUAACAAGAAAUUAAUUGUAACAAGUUUUUUAAAUUCGAAUUAUAUUCAAGAAUUAGAAAACGCCUUGAGAUUUGGAGGUACCAUUUUAAUUCAAGAUUGUGAACAUUAUGACCCUAUACUUAACUCUGUGCUAAGAAGAGAGACGUACAAAAAUGGAGGACGCACAGUUGUCAAACUUAAAGACCAGGAAAUUGAUUUCUCUCCAGACUUUAAACUUUUCUUGCAUACCAGAGACCCUGCUAUUUCACUAUCCCAGUUCGUAUUAGGUAGAACAAUUUUGAUCAACUUUACUGUCACAAGCUCAACUCUUCAAAAUCAAAUUUUGAACAUUACUUUGAAAAGUAAGAAUCCUGAAAUUGAAAUGAAAAGGAAGGAACUCGUCUUAUUACAGGGUACGUACAAAGUUAGAUUAUUUAAUCUUGAGAAGGAGCUCUUGUCUUCUUUGAGCACAGAAAAUGGCAAAAACAUCUUGGAAGAUGAUGAAGUCGUGACGACAUUGGAAUCAUUGAAGGCAGAAUCAAAUCAAAUUGAUCAGAAAAUGAAGGAAUCUUCAGAGGUGAUGGAGGAGGUACAUGAAGUAAGAAGCAAGUACUUGGCUGUUGCAAAGCAUUCAUCUAUGAUUUUUAGAAUUUUACAAAUAACAAAGGACUUGAAUAGGUUUUAUAACUUUGCCUUAACGUCAUUCAUGAAGAUAUAUGAGACGGUGCUCAAACAGUCUAUAAAUUGGUCCAUCCACGAGUUAGUGCUAUCCAUUUACAAGGAAACAUUCGCUAUAGUAUCGCCGUCAUUUGAAAUGAGAGAUAAAGUGGUUCUUGCGUUGUGUCUAUUGAUCAGCUAUCAUGAGAUGGAGGAUGGUGAAAGGUACAAGAGAAGUAUACUUCUCAUAUUGAAAGCCAUUCAAGAUGUUGAUUCUCAAUAUGAGCCAUACUUUACUGAAAUCUUGAAGCUCAACUUGAUUGAAGAUGCACGAGAUAUGACAGUUGAUGAUAUCUGUAAGGAAUAUCCAUCCAAUGACACAUUAAAAUUGCUAUCUGAUUUCUUAAAGUGCAUUAAUGUGAACGAGAAUGAUGCCCUUGAUAGAACUCUUAGCCUGGCAUAUUCAAUUUCCACAUCUUUUCUAUCCACAGGAAAGGGAGCUUAUAGUACUAGAUAUGACUUGAGCUCGAUAGUCAGUAGCAUGACAGAAGGCGCUCCAAUUAUGUUAGUCUCGCCAGAUGGGUUCGAUCCAACCUUUGAAGUUCAACAAUUAGCUUCUAACUCCUCGAUCAACUUAUCUAUUAUAUCGAUGGGUUCAAAUGAAGGUACGGUGAUAGCGAACAAAGAAAUUGAAAAAGUUUUGGCUAGGGGAAGCGGUUGGGUGAUUGUACAAAACGUUCAGUUGUCAGGAAACGAUUGGUUGAACCAAUUAGAAAAGAAGUUGCAGGCAAGGGGAUCACAAAGCUUCCCCAAUGAAGUCAAGAUUUUCUUAACAUGUACUACAUCCUCAAAAUCAAUUCCUUCCUCAACACUUAUAAAUAAAUCUUCAGUGGUGAUGUUUGAAGACUCCCAAGGAAUUCAAGCGCGGUUCAUGGAGGUAUACAAGUCUAUUCCAACUAGCAUUAUAGCUAACAAUCCUGGAGAGCGUAAGCAUUUGUACUUUUUGUUAAUUUGGUUCCACUGCAUUAUCCUAGAGAGAUUGAAAUAUGCUCCUAUUGCAUUUGCUACGCACUACGAUAUAACUAUAUCAGACUUCAAAUCCGGUUGCUUCGUAAUUGAGAAGUACUUGCAACCAUUUGGUUCCACCAGAACCAACAUUUCACCAGACUUGAUUCCAUGGGACUCGAUACGAUACAUGAUCGCAGAAAUCACGUAUGGUGGUAAGAUAAACAAGCUGGAGGACUUGAACUAUAUCGUGGACUUAUCACGUAAACUCUUCACGGCCGAGUCGUUCAACCAUGACUUUAAUCUUAUCGAAAAUGAAUAUACCCUUAAGUCUGGUACAAUAUUAUCACCACUCGAAGGUAUAACUCAGUCAUCGCAACAAGAUAUAGAAAGUUGGGUGUAUGAGGAAAUUCCUACCAAGAUCCCAUUGAAUUGGAUAGAUCUUGAAGAGAAGGUGGAUAGGUUGGUGAGAGAAAAGGAAAGCAAGAUAAUUGCUUCCAAGGUCUACGAUAUAGCAGUCAAUGUUUAG